AGCAGUUGCAGCAGGUUUGACCCUUGUGGAAAGGAGGUGGCAGGUAUGAUGAUCCCAGAGGAGAUUCAGAGGCUCCUGGAAGAUGCUGAAGGUUACCUGGUGGAUGGACUGCAGAAUGAAAACUUGAGCGCUAAAGCGAGGGAGCAGAGGGAUGCAAUUCUCUUUGGUUUCCAGCAAGUCAAAGCCAGGUACCACUUGGAAUUUCUGCCCCAAGGAGAGGAUCAGCAUGACACUGGCUUUGGACAGGACAGUUCUGAUGAAAAUCAGAGCUGGAGUUUGGCUCCUUCCAUGACAUCUGAUGCUUCGUUUCCAUCGGACUUCCAGGAUGAUGGACUGGAAGAAGCCCCACUGAAGCCUGUUCAAGACGCAGGGAGCAUUUUGAUGCAAGGAUAUCUGGAGAAGAGGUCCCGAGAGCACAGCUUUUUCGGGUCAGAGUGGCAGAAGCGGUGGUGUGUCCUCAACAGAAGGACCUUUUACUACUACGCCAAUGAGAAAAGCAAGCACCCUAAAGGCACCUUCUCCAUUGAGAACUAUAGCGCCCGGCUGGCUUUCCACCUCCGCAAAGACUCUCGGAAAAGAUGCUGUUUUGAGUUAAUCUGCCCUGGCAAGCGCACCUACGAGUUCACAGCCCCAAGCCCGGCAGAGGCUGAAGACUGGGUGGAUCAGAUCCAGUUCCUCCUGAAGGACCUGAGCUCCCUCACUAUCCCAUAUGACGAGGAGGAUGAAGAAGAGCUCUACAAUGACGUGGACAGUUCUGACUCUGUGAAUACAGCAUCCCACAAUACCACCCUGAAUCAGGAUGAUCCAAACAUGGAGAUGGAAGAGGAUGACAUCUACGAGGUUUUGCCAGAUGAGGAGCUGGAGCCCCCCGGCCCCGAGGACAGCGAGGGUGCCAGGAGCAAAGAGAGAAGCGGAGGUCCCUGCCAAGAUUACGCCAACUACUACCAAGGCAUGUGGGACUGCAGCAGCGAGCAUCCCGACGAGCUCUCCUUCCAGCGCGGAGAACUCAUCUACAUCCUCAGCAAG